GCAGCUGGGGCCCCAAGUGCAGGGUAACCCUAACCCCAGCAGUGAUUGAAACAGAUAGAGGGGUGGCUCUCCCGCACAAUGCCCAGGCCCCCACUCCUCUCCUCCUCCUCCUUGCACUUCCUCAAGAGCUUUUGUCUUCUGGUCCCCUGGGCUGUGAGGCUCUCUCAUUCCCGGCACACACUGCCCGUUAAAUUCAAAACUGAGGCCUCUGGGGAAAGGGUCUGGCACUUUCUCUCCCUCCCCUUAUCUCCCGCUAGCUGUUCCCCAUCCUCACCUGCCUGGUCCGCGGAUAAGCCUAGCUGUGAGAAAAGGGGCAUGCUGGUGCCUCCUUCACAUCUGUCCCAGGGUCCCCACCUCGCACCCCACCCUGGACACCCCACCAGGGCUGCUCCCUCUCUGGAUAAGGCCUGGGGCGGUGGAACCAUGCAUCAGUCAGUGCUCGGAAGCUAUAGGAAAUGUUCUGAGGAGCUCCGGAGGCCUCAUUACCAUCCACCCUGCGCUGGGCUUGGAGAGGAGAAGCCAGGAGGCAGAGAAGCUCUGGACACUUCUGUCCAGUGCUCAGCCAUGAGGAAUGUUGUGGAAUUGGAGAGGAAGGAGGGGAAGGCCUUAAACGGUGCACGUGCUAUGGCUAGGAACUGGCGAAGCAUCCUGACCAUCCAUGACUCCUUCACACUUGACAACCACACUGUAAAUUUAGGACUACUUUUCUGUUUCACUGAUGAGGAUUAUGAGACUGAGGGAGGUAACUGGUCAAGGCCAGCUGGCUAGUAAGUGGCACAGCAGGGACUGAAACCUGGCUACAGUAGUCAGACGUGUUACUGAAGGAAUUUUUCCCAUCCUAUCCUCAUGGCUUCUGAGGGGGCAGGCAGACUGGUGCUGUUACACCAUUUCUGGCCUUAUUCCCCAUGCUUCCGUGGGGAACCUCCCAGCAUAUGCCAGGCUCAGGGCAACUUUUUACUCUAAUGUGGUCUGUGCCUAAGAUACUCCUACAGCUUAAUACAAUUUGAAUUUGAGUCCUUCAAGGCCCAGCUACUUAACGUCCUGCUUUCUCUCUGCUCUCUUCCCUGACCAGACCCGUUCCUACAGCAGGCCGUGGUGCCGGCCCCUCUCCCACGCUGAGCUCUAAAAUCGGCUCAUUUCGCCCCUUCUCCCAGCCUGGCUUUGUUCUGGAUAAUCCGCCAUCUUCCCGUUCUGACUGGGAGCCUUUCUGUUGCCGGGCUGGUGUUCGACACAUCAGGCCUCAAGUUGCCUAGCCUGGUGCUCCACGUAAAUCAGGCAUUUCAAAAGUUACUCGUCCUGAUGGCGAUGAUGCCAGUGUUAACUACAUAGACAGGAAGAUCUAACUCAGUAGUUUGGGACGUUUCAAAGGCUCCUUGCCCUUGUCUGGCAGGCAGGCUUUCUCCCCCCAGCAGGCUAUUGCCUGCUCUGGUCCUCAGUCCAGUUGAGGGGGUGCAUUGGCUGUCAUCCAGAUCACCAACCAUAGCUGCACUGUGCGAAAGGGGCGGAAGAACAAAAAAAAACCCAUGAGACAACACCGUGGCUUUUGAAACAGGUACAUAGGCUCUCUUGUUUAAUAGCAGUUAAGAGAGGAAAAUGUACAGGAGGAAUAAACAUGCUCUUUCCACACGGGAGGUUCCCACUAACCACGAGGCCCAUCUGCAUCAGUAGCUUUACUAGUGAGUUUUAAAGAAAAAAAUUCCCUUUAGAGUUAAAAAUGGACUCUCCUAAAUUUCCUCCAUAAACGUACAACUAUUUGUGCAAAAUGAAAAGGCCAUUUCCAACACGUUGGUGAAAAGUAAUUGCGGAUGCAGGCGAAGAGAAAAAAAGAGGCAGCUGAAGCAGCCAGGAGGAGAGUCCUGGGAGAAAGGAGGCCAAGGUAGGGGGGGAUUUCUGUUAGCAGGCCCCAGGGAGUGUCGAGAGGCUUUAUGAGGAAGGUCAUGGCCACUGCCAAUCUUGGGGAUAAAGGGCUCUGGGUCUGGGGCUUGCUGAGCAAGCGCUUGACAAGUGUGCAGUGAAGCUAGGCUGGCUUUGAGGCCUGAGAGGCUGUUAGGCCUGGUAUGCAAUGGAAACACUGGGGAGCACUCCCUGGCCGUUGGACAUUUCUUCUGUCAACAGGGACUCUGCUGGUUCCAAUCUCUGGGUCCUGUUCUCCCCCUCCCCCCGCCAACAGCUUCAUUUACAGUUCACGCAAAGAGAUUUCCUAUGAAUGUUGAAACUAUACAAGCCACCUGUACUACUUCUGAAACCCACUAGGGUCCCAAACAAGAACAUCCCUCUAGAAGCAUGGACCAGGUUUUUCCAAGAACUUGGUCAAGAGUCAUAUUAACUAGAAGGCUGGGAGGCUUCUAGCCACCUGUGUUCUUGCCCCCCUUACUGAGGCCCACUGGGGCACCUACCUAUCUAUCUCUGGGCACUUGAGGCCAGAUCUUAGGAAUCUGAUGGGCAUGGGCACAUGUGCGUGAGUCCUCUCAAAGGCUGGUCCAGCUAGACUGAAAAGGCAAAACUGAAAAUUCCUACUUCACCAAUUCAAACAACUUGGACGCUGCGGGUCCCUGUUUUUUGACCUCCUCUUGCCCCCCAAGAGAGUGUCUCUACAGACAACUCAGUAGCGGCAUGUUGGUUUCGUUAGAGAAGACUAAAGGCAGACUGAGAGGGAAGAGGAGAUAUACCAAAGGGUCCUCCCUAAUAAGUCUUGAGCUUGAGUAAGUGUUUCCUUUAAAGGGACUUCUGUGUACAAGGUGCAGAGGAACCCCCAUUCCUCCACCUUGUUCGCCUUUCCUCUACAGCAGUCUUUCCAGGGUACAUGUUUGAGACCGGACCAGCAAUGAUGACUCAAAAAAGACAAAAAGUAUGACGUGCUUAAGGUUCUGUCCAUUCCACAUCCAAGUCUCAGUACACAAAGCUGAAGGAAUCUUGCUGCAAACUGGGGACUAAUAAAAGGCGUAUAUUUGGGGCCCUUCUUAAGCAAUAGGACUUUAGAUUCGUGUAAUCAUUUCUUGCUCCUUUUCAGUCAAGUCCAGGGCUUGGGAGAUGGCAUCUUGGGUCUCAUUCCUAUGGCCCCCUGCCAUCCCUUGCCUUUUGAAGUUCUGGGUGGCAGCAUUCACCCGGACCCUCAUCCUAAGACCCUAGGCUAACCACCUAGGUCUCAAGGUGAGCUUCAGAAAGAUUCUCCAGAGCUUACACGCAGACUCGUCUCUCCAGCCUUGAGGAAGCCUGCAUGUCUGUGGGCAUAAUCUCUUCCCCUUGGUUUUCAAGUUGUGACGGGAUACGGGGGGUUGGGGGGCUGGGGUGGGGAAUGAAAAAGGAAGCACUGCCCUCCCCAGAAGCAACUCAGUAGCUGA